CCGUCGCUGUCGCCAGCCUCCUCCACCUCCCUCCAUCGCUCUCAGCACUUAGCCAGCGUUCCUCGUACCUUCGUGGACCUCUCCGACGACCUCACCCUCCCUUCAAUUGCGCCUUGCAUGCCGCAUUCACGCUCGAUACACCAACAAUGGCGGAGAUCAUUCGCACCAACCCUCCCUCGCAGGCCAUGAACCCACGCUCUAGUCCCAUGAAAAUACAACCACCGACCUCACAGCUCGAGACUGUUAGACCAGAUCAUGUCCACAUGAUGUCUCCCGUCAACCAGAAUGGUAGCUACGAGUUCGAUCGUGUCGUCAAAGCCGGCACCGUCGUGAAGCGCACACGCAAAACGAAGCAAUGGAAGUCUGUUCACCUCGUUCUCCGCCCGAAUCUACUCUCGAUAUACAAGGACAAGGACGAGACUAAGUUGCGCCACCAGAUCAACCUAUCUGACCUCACCGCUGUCGCACGCCAGAAGGAUUCGAAGAAGAAGAUGCAGCAUGUUUUUGGACUCUUUUCGCCCGCGCGUAACUACCAUCUGAGCGCUCCGACCGAGAAGGAUGCACAGGAAUGGGUGGACUUGAUACGGGCAGAAGCACGCAUUGAUGCAGAUGAGGAGGAACUCAUCUUGCUGAGCCCAGGCGUACACAAGACCACUUUCUCAGGUCUCGACAGGAACGCACGCAGGGAAAACAUUGGCUCAAGCUCCUCGGAAGCAGAGCCACGCCCUUCAUCUUCCAUAAAUCCAGAGACGAUGCACAGCGCACGCCGCCCAUCGCAUACCCUCGCAUACUCGGGCAACGAACAUGGCUCCUUUUCCGAUUUCUCAGAUACCGCAGGAGGUCCCGUCCAACCACCUUUCCAGCGCUCUUCCACUUCGCUUCGCCGGCCCAUGGAGCAGAACCGCAACACGAGCCAAGUCAGCAACGUAGGGGCGACCCCAGACGAUGAGCGAGUUGUGUAUCACGGGUGGCUAUAUGUUCUUAAAUCCAAAGGAGGAGUCCGCCAAUGGAAGAAAGUAUGGGUUGUACUGCGACAGAAAACCCUUGGACUUUACAAGAAUUCAGAGGAGUACUCUGCGAAUCUCAUCCUCCCAUUCUCAAGCAUCAUCGAUGCUGUCGACAUUGAUCCUGCCAGCAAGAGCAAAAAAUACUGCAUGCAGAUCAUUUCCGAAGAGAAGAACUUCCGCUUUUGCGCUAGCGAUGAGGACAGUUUAGCCAAAUGGUUAGGUGCCUUCAAGAGCCUACUCGUGAAGAGAAGGGAGGCGGAAAACCAGAGGGUGCUGCAGGCAGCAUCGAGUUCAGGCAAUGCGUAACCCUCAGGGCCAAAUUCGCAUUCUACUCCUGGUACAAUGGGCCAACAGAAAUCGCUCCCAACAACAAUACCGGCAUCGGUUCUCCAACAGGCACAGGUUUCAAAAUGAUUGACGGUCUAAAGCCCCGAUCCACUUUAUUGGAACUCGAAGCUUUCGCCAAAGCACGGCCGCCGCUUAGACACCUUGGUCUGGGCACGCCAACCGAUAACCCCUUGACACAUCACCAUCCAAUUACACCGACUACCUCUGUUGAUCCACGUAUAUGCUCAUACCCCUUUCAU